AUGAUCCUCAUUUCCGGGAAUCAUCAUCACUCGAAUAUCGAAGCACUAGAUCUCACUGCGACGAUCAUCCCAAACCCUUCCCAUCCGACCAUGACGGAGCUACGUGUAACUCUGUCCUUAGAAGAUAAAAGGCGUACCGUACUCAAUUAUGGACUUAUAUCCAGCUCGGAAUUUCACGGUUCACACGAAAACAGUCUCGAAGACACGCCGGAACGUAUUGCAAUCGAUAAUUUGCAGACCCUCACCCAUUAUCAUUUCAAGCGUAAAGGGAGCGUCCAGCACGAAUACUACGCUAAAAUUGUCACAGUGAAUGACGAAACACCGGAGCGCGACUGCCACACAGACGACUGGUCUAAAGCUGAAUCGUGGAGCGAUAGAAAGCGUCGCAAUUCUUUCGAUGUGCUCACGAUAGACCGAUACGUGGAGUCGUCGUCAAAGAACAUACCGGACACUGGAAAUGAACGAAGGGAAAUUACCAUCAAAUACCCACUUCUAGAUUUCUCCACGCCCAACGCUUCCAGCGAAGCUAUAUGGUUCGAAGAUUCAGCAUGCCAGGUUUCAGAAGAGUCUUUUUGUAGAAUCACCCAACCGGGCGACUGGUUUGAUGACGAGAUCAUCACUGCAAGCUUCGCUAUCUUAGAUCGUAUGCUAAGCUGCAAUAAGCAGCGCAUCGCACUCUUAGACCCGUGGUCCGCCAAUGGCUUAUAUAAAUACCAGCAUGAGGUCGGUAAUCUUCCACUGACAGAUUACAUGAUCACAGAAAAAUGCAGGGACAAGGACUUUAUCAUAAUCCCCAUCAGUGACGGAUUCUCUAACAUGCGCGAGACAGGAAUCGAUGACGAAAAGCGAAGAAAACUUGAAGACAACAUGAGAGAAGAGGGCUAUACAGAGGAGAUGAUAGCUAGCAUCAUGCAAAGCGAUGUACAGUACGGCGAUGAGGAAGAUAAGUUGGGAUCGCACUGGUCCGUUCUAAUCGUCGACUGUCGCGGCGCCUCGCUAAAGGGCGUAUACUUUGAUUCAUUUUCUCCAAAUGGCUACAAGCCUAGCAUCGAAGUGGCGAUAGAUGCCCUCGAGGGCCUGUCGAAGUCCCUGGCGCAUGAGCAAGCUGGGACCUACCACCAAAAGCCUACUUUCACGAUCGAUCAGAAUGCACCGAACCAAGGCACCGACAAUGCUUGCACGGCUGAUAAAAACGGAGCCUGUGGAGCGUUCGUUUGGGCUAUCUCGAAGGAAUUCGUACAGUACAUCAUUGAGUGCCGCGAGGAUUCUGUUCGUCAGAAAAAGCACAUUCCCAUUGUCAUUGCGUUGCCUGAGGGGUUCAAGCGUAGGUGGCAGUGGGAUUCUAGUCAUACUCGUAGGACGAUCCGGAAUCUGAUUGAGAGGGAGUGUAGGGUGAGGAUGUAUCUGUACAAUACGCAUACUUGGUUUGAUUACAUGGGUAUACAGGGCUGCAAGACGGCGUUGGCAACUCGUGGGCUGCCGGAGGAUUGGUUCUGGGAUCCGUAUCAGGAGUCGUCGAAGUUUGAGUGA